AUGGAUUUGCUGCAAGUUUUUGUGCAACAACUGACGGGCGACGUCAAGGUUUAUGAGGUGCCGGCAGCGAUGACCAUUGGUGAGUUCAAGCAUCAGCUCCAAGGAUCUCAGGACUGUGACGUGGAAGCUGUGCGAAGGGUGACCAUUGUGGAACUCAUUUUGGAGGGUCAGACGCUUUCUGACGACAAGAGGACUUUUGCCGAAGAGGGAAUCAUUUCAGGUACGACGGUUCAACUCUUGUUCAGCAUCGAUUGGGUGGAGUGUGAGACUCAACAGGAGGCUGCAUCGAAGAAAGUGUUGCCUGAAAAGCUGAAGGCUGUGACGCUACCAGGCACAGCCAGACAAAUCACAGAGAAAGCCUUCAAAUCGUGCGGCUCGCUUGUGAUGGUGUCCAUUCCCGACGGGAUCACUGAUGUUGGAGCAGAAGCCUUUCGGGAUUGUCGAUCUCUCGCCAGUGUCACUCUCCCUCUCUCUGUGAGUCGAAUUGGACACCAUAGCUUUGCUGGUUGUAUCUCCUUGGAAAGGAUCUCUAUGGGGUCUGUGAGUUUCAUCGAUGAAAGCGCUUUUGAGAACUGUAGCUCAUUAAAGGAUAUCUUGAUUCCCACAAAUGUGAGCUGCAUUUCCUACAACAGCUUCUCAGGGUGCAGCUCCUUCGCGGAGCUGAAGAUUCCAGACUCAGUGACGGAGAUUGGACCCUUCGCCUUUUCUCAGUGCAGCACAUUGGUCACGUUGAGCAUUCCUCAUUCAGUGCGACAACUGGGGGAUUUCGCUUUCAUGGGCUGCAGAUCAUUGAAGCAUGUGGUGCUUCCCAAUGGAGCAACACAGAUUGGGAGAAGCAGCUUUAGAGGCUGUACUUCACUGGAAAGUGUGACCUUUCCUGAUUGCAUGACUCAUAUUGGUGAAUAUGCCUUCGCUGGCUGCAGCUCCUUGAAAUGUGUGAAGCUGCCGACUGCGCUGAAGGACCUUGGGGUCGCAUGUUUUUCCAAUUCAUCCUUGGAAAGCCUGGAUGUCCCGGUGGGCGUUGCACGCAUUGGCGACUACGCCUUCGCCAGCUGCGACUCCUUGGCGACGAUCGGGCUCGGGUCGGCGCUGACGGAGAUCGGAGCGGCAGCCUUUGCCAAGUGCACGUCUUUGCGCAGCGUGGAGCUCCCGCGCUCUGUGCAGUACAUCGGGCCCUACGCCUUCUCCGGCUGUCGCGAGCUGCGGCGCUGCGACGUUGAUGGCGUCGAGGACGUCGGUGGCAAUGCCUUCGCGGGCUGCUGUCAACUGAAGUCAGACGAAUCGGGAGACGGCUGA